GUGCGUCAGUGGGCGGCGCGCCCGGCCCGGCCCGGCCCGUCCGGCGCGGCCGCCGCGAUGAACAGCGUGGGCGAGGCGUGCACCGAGCUGAAGCGCGAGUACGACCAGUGCUUCAACCGCUGGUUCGCCGAGAAGUUCCUCAAGGGCGACAGCGCCGGCGACCCCUGCGGGCAGCUCUUCAAGCGCUACCAGCUCUGCGUGCAGAAAGCAAUCAAGGAAAAGGACAUACCCAUUGAGGGCCUGGAGUUCAUGGGCCCAAGUAAAGGAAAAACUGAGAACUCCUCUUGAUGUUGGCAGUAUGGGUGGAGUCACUAACAGGAGCCUUGGGACUAAGCACCAUCACCAGGUGUGCCACAGGUGCCACCUGGAGAAGACCUUUGUUAACUGCUUUCUAGGAAGUGACAAAUGUUCUCUGCUUGUGAAAACAAACAGCUAAAAGAAAAAAAAAAAAAAAAAAGACUGGAUCAUGUGGUAACUGCUGCCUCCUUGCCAGUCAAACUUGGUGGUGGUUCAGCAUCUGACAGCUUAAAAAUCCAUGUGAACUUCCUACUGAAUGUACUCUGCAGUGGGUAGAGUGGGCUGGGAUGGGUUCUUUGUGACUGAUUUCUCUUGCUUAUUUAUAUAACACUUGAAAGUGUUUAAAAAGAAUAUGAAGGGGGUUGUGUAGUUGCUAUCAUCUCUAUGCUGCUGAAUUUUGAUGAAAUUAGUUUCAUGUAAUCCUGAAGGGCUUAAGCACUGUUUUGUGUCAGUUGCAGAGAUGGUGUAAGAGCUCUAGUGGACCUGCAACACCUUGGCUAAAAUAAAUACAACCAGGUUGUAUUUUGUUCAAGUA